UCAGAUCUUGAGUUUAAUCUCAACACAAACAUGACGUCUCCAGCUGAACGCUUCAGGUACUGUGUGGGUCAGAGCUUGGUUUUCCUCAUUUCUUACUGACGACACUCAUGAUCUUUCCCCACACUGUGACAACGUGAUGCUUGAAAGGUUCAGACAGUGUUUUCAGAUUCCCAUCCACAGUCAUGUGGUGAUACAGUCUCUCUCUCACACACACACACACACACACACACAGUCCCUCACUCAUCAUGGCCCACCCGUACGACCCUUGGUUGCGUGCAGGACCACCACAGGAGGAGGUGAGCGUGUCUGGCUGGUGGGACAUGCACACUGGAGCAGCAGCAGGUUGGAUGGACCUGCAGGGGGCGGGGCUGGGGGCGGGGCCAGUACAGGGUGGUUCUAUGAGCUCCUACACAGCUGACCCACAGAUGUGCUGCGUGCCACCCUCCGGCUCCAGCCACUCCGGCCUGCACUACCCGCCCGAGGGCUUUAAGAUGGAGCCGUUGACACAGGAUCUGCUGCCGCUCCCACAGGCCUCCCCUUCCUACUCCUCAGAGGAGCAACAGGAUGCUGCAGGUGCUUCUGCUCGACCGAAAUCACAGCGUCGUACCGGGAGUCGUGCUCCCGGUCAAGCCUCCUGCCGCUGUCCCAACUGCCUGAGCGCAGAGUCUCUGGGAAGUGCUGGCGACGGUGGCAAACGCAAGCACCUGCACAACUGCCACAUCCCUGGCUGCGGGAAAGCAUAUGUGAAGACGUCGCACCUCAAAGCGCACCUGCGCUGGCACAGCGGUGACCGGCCCUUCGUCUGCAACUGGCUGUUCUGCGGCAAACGCUUCACGCGAUCGGAUGAACUGCAGCGCCACCUACAGACGCACACCGGUGCCAAACGCUUCGGCUGCAGCUCUUGCCCGCGGGUCUUUCUGCGCGCCGACCAUCUGGCCAAACACAUGCGUGUGCAUGAGUCGCCAUGCCAACCGGCCGAAGAGACUCACUCGGCAACGGCGGUGCCCAUGACAGGAAGCAGAUCUGCUGCGACGUCUCUACUCAGAGUGAAGACGGAAUCAGAGAACUGUGAUGACGACACAACGGUAGCAAACAGCUAAUCGCUAAACUGCUCAUUAGUCACAUGACCAAUAAAACCAAACUUAUGGAUGUGCCGUUCAUCAUUCUGAUGGUGACUGAUGUGUACUGUAAUCACAUAUGAAAAUGAUCUGUAGAAUGUGGCAUUAGGAUGAAACACGUAGCAUAAUGCUGUUAUAUCUUCUGUUUUAUUUAUAUUUGUAAAUGUUUUGUUUCAUAUUCUUUUUUGAUCAACAAUGUUGUGUCAUCCAUGUAUUUUUGGCAAUGUAAUAUUCUGAUUUUUAGUGAGGAUAUGUAAUUAGUUUGAAUAAAUACUCAAAUUAGUAAAAAUA